UUUGUUCUUUUGCCAUCACUUUCUCUCUCUCUCUCUCUCUCUCUCUCCCUCUCUUUAUCGUCAGAGAGAGAGAAACAAGGAUUGAUUUGGUUCGAUUGAGAUUGAUGGGUUUAUUAAUCGAGGAUGAUAACGACGGCGGCGAGGUUUUGAUUCCGCCGGCGAAUUUCUCGAUGGUGGAAGACGGAGUUUAUCGAUCUGGGUUUCCUCAGCUCGAGAAUUUCGGUUUCUUAUCGACCCUCAAUCUUAAAUCCAUCAUUUAUCUGUGUGCUGAACCAUACCCUGAGGAGAAUCUCAAGUCUCUUCAAUCCAACAACAUCAAGCUUUUCCAGUUCGGUAUCCAAGGCAAAACGGAUCCUCCAACUCCUAUGCCAAAGGAUACAGUCUUGAGUGCUCUUAGAGUACUUGUUGAUGUUAGAAACCAUCCAAUUCUCAUCCACUGUAAGCAAGGAAAGCAUAGGACGGGUUGCCUUGUGGGAUGCUUGAGGAAAGUGCAGAACUGGUGCUUAUCAUCUGUUCUCGAGGAAUACCAGAACUGUGCCGGUUUGAAAUGGAGACAAAGAGAUUUAGCGUUCAUAGAGGAGUUCGAUGUGCACGGGUUAAGGCAAUGUCUGUACAGCAUAAUCUACCAGUACAAUGGUUAUGGUCUGAAGAGGAGAAAGUUGCUGUAUCAGGAAGAGAAUCUUGUUGUUCAAGAACAGCAUAAACCUCAAGCCACCAAAGGGUGGUGAACAGAAGUUUGAAAAUCGGAGGAUUAUAUCUUUUUCUUUUCUUUUUUAGAUUCUUUAUACUUGUCUGUGAUGGACGGAUGGUGAUUCUUCUGAGUUUAGGGUUACAACAGAGGAUUUUA